UGUACGACAUCAGUUUUGAUACCCAAAGACCUCAAAAGACCCAAUCCCCUCAAAAUACUAAAGUUGUACGCUAAGAAAACAACACUAUGGAGUCCCAGAAGCUUGAUGCUCUCAUUGUUGGUGCAGGGUUUGGAGGUGUCUACCAGCUGAAGAAGCUACGGGAUGCUGGGUUUCACGUGAAGCUCAUUGAGAGUGGCUCUGACUAUGGCGGUGUGUGGUACUGGAAUCGAUACCCAGGCGCUCGGGUGGACAGUGCCAUCCCUGUCUACGAAUUCUCCGACCCGGCGCUUUGGAAGGACUGGCACUGGACGCAGCGAUUCCCUGGAUCAGCCGAGAUACGUGCCUAUUUCAAGACCGUUGCAGACAAGUGGGAUUUGCGCAAGGACACCGAGUUCAACACCUACGUCAACUCUGCUAUCUGGAACGACGAGUCCAAGACCUGGCGCGUGUCCACGGCGAAUGGCAAGGUCUUUACCACGCAAUUCUUCUUGCCCAACACGGGAUUUGCGGCCAAGAGGCACACGCCUGAUUUCAAGGGCAUCGAUCGAUUCAAGGGAACGUGGGUUCAUUCUUCCUACUGGCCAAAGGAAGAGCCAUAUCUCAAGGGUAGGAAGAUUGCCGUCAUCGGCACGGGAUCUACCGGCCUUCAGCUCACGCAAGACCUGGCGCCACUGGCAUCGGAAUUUGUCCUCUUCCAGAGAACUCCAAACUUGGCUCUGCCUAUGAAACAGGAGGAGUAUCCUCCAGGUUCUGAGACACAAUGUAUUCCCGGCGAAGCGUAUCCUGCUCUCUUUGCCGGCCGAGCUGAAAGUUACGCAGGGUUUGACUUUUCCUUCAUGCCAGUCAAGACGUUUGACCACGAUGAAAAAGAGCGACAAGAGACGUACCAGAAGCUGUGGGACCACGGCGACUUUCGCUUUUGGCUGGCAACGUACCAGGACAUGCUCUUUGACGACCGUGCCAAUACGGAAGCGUACAACUUUUGGCGCGACAAGGUGCGCGCCAGGCUUGACGAUGAGAGGCUCAAGGACAAGUUUGCUCCCAUGGAGAAGCCGCAUGCCUUUGGGUGCAAACGAGUCUCUCUGGAAAAUGGGUUCUACGAGCUGUUCAAUAAGAAGAACGUGCAUCUUGUCGACGUUAACGAGACGCCAAUCACCGAAGUAACGCCCGCCGGUAUCAAGACGACGGAAAAGGAGUGGGAAUUCGACUAUAUCGUGUGCGCUACGGGAUUUGACGCCAUUACGGGUGGGAUCCUGCAGAUGAACGUGGAAGGCAUCAACGGUCUGAAGCUAAAGGAUAAGUGGAUGGACGGAACCAAGACGUUCCUUGGCCUUUCUGUCGCCGACUUCCCGAAUAUGUUUUUCACUUACGGCCCGCAGGCACCAACGGCGUUCUGCAACGGCCCUUCCUGUGCCGAGCUGCAGGGCACCUGGAUCGUCGACCUGCUCAGCAGCAUGCGGCAGAAGAAGCAGGAGGUGGUCAACGCAUCUGCUGAAGCGGAAAAGACGUGGGCUGAAAGUAUCUGGGCCAUUGCCAACACGUCGCUGAUCCCAACCACCAAAUCGGUAUGUUCUUGAAAUGUGAUUUGUCUGCUACCUAGCUCUAGCUAUUAACACUUUUUGUGAAGUGGUACAUGGGCGACAAUAUCCCCGGUAAGCGUAGGGAGCCGUUGAUCUACUUGGGGGGUGUUCCGACUUACUACAGCACGAUUAACGAGUGCGCAUCGAAGAAUUAUGAAGGGUUUCGGUUUUCUUAAACCUUACUAGCUAGAUUAGUUGUCUACUAUUACUUUCGAGCUAGAAAUUCUACCUUGUGCUAUCU